AUGGCAUCCGAAGCUUCGUCCAUAUCGAGGACACCCUCUUCCGCCCCUGACUUCAUCGAUAUUGAGAGAUUUUUCACCAGAGAGAAGACGAAGCCUCGCACUUCAUAUGUCUGCUUAUACUGUACGGCGAAGCCAUGGAAGGAUGGUUAUAAAGGCAAUGCGCGGCGCCACAUAAGGAAUAAUCAUCCAUAUCUGAUCGGGCUCUCUAGCCGGCAGAACCAAUCUCAGCAAUCGCUCGACGUAUAUAUCACAUCAUCGACUACGCCAUCCGAAGCGGCAUUAUGGAAUGCCUUCAAUCGGCAGGCUUACAUCAAAGCUCUUAUCAGCCUUCUCACACGUCGCAGAGUGGCCUUUUCAAUGGUUGAGUGGGAUGAGCUAAAGGACCUAGCACUAGCAUGUAAUCCUGCCAUCGAGGAUAGUCUGAUUACCUCCCGACGUACAGUGAUGCGCUACAUCUCAGCUAGCUAUGAGUUCUACGCUGCUCAGUUGGCCGAGUCCCUUCAAUCUGCCAUUUCGAUGAUUCACCUCUCAUCUGAUCUCUGGACAUCACCACACCGGCAUGGUCCGCUAGAGUGUCGAAAAGACUACUCUGACGAGUCCCAGGCCGGCCUGAUCGCUGAUGUCUUGGGGCGAUUCGAAAUUCGACGCGUGGGUUAUCAUACUUGGGAUAACGCAUCCUCGAACAAUACCUGCCUAGAAGCUUUAUCAAACAAGCUACUCCACGGGCGAGGAAUAAUCUUCAAUCCUGUCCGCCGCCGUGUCCGCUGUUACGGCCAUAUUAUUAACCUUUCCCUUCAAGCUUUCCUUCUCGUGCGCUCGAAAGAAGCUUUAGGUGCUGCACUUAAUGCCGCCGGCAACGCCGCUGGUGCGCAGCCUAUCGAAACCUUCUCUACUUCUCUAAAUGAGAAUACGCCUUCAGGACCCGAUACCACGGUGGGUCACACAACAGAGGAGAAGCAGGGGAGACAGCAGAGACCUCCGACGAGAGAGAGGACUAUUCGGCAAUUAGAAUUUAGCGGGUGGGAAGGCAUUAAUGCUCUCCAGAAGCUCCACCAUCUCGCAGUCUGGAUUGGAAGCUCUCCAAUCCAUAGUGAUAACUGGCGAGAAGCUGUGGGUCGCAGUAUCGGGAUCGAUAACACAACACGGUGGUAUUCAUGGUAUAAAGUUAUCAGUGUCGCCUUCAAUAAGAAGGCACAGAUCGUCCAGUUUAUGGUAGACCAUGACAAGGAUAUCGGCUGUGCUCAUCUUCUAUCAGGCGCCGACUGGGAUAUACUGUCGAAAACGCAUACUUUCCUCCAGCCCUUUACCGAGGCAACUUUGAUAACAGAAGGCGAUAAAGCGAGCCUCUGUAGUACGCUGCGGAUGAUGGAUGGUCUUCUCAGCCACUUUGAGAAAGCGAAGGCAAGGUCUAUUUCCGUUAAAGAGACAGCCUUUAACUAA